AUGGCUUCUCUAGAUAUGUCUCUUGAUGAUAUGAUAAAGAGCAGGCGCAAUAGUGAUAGAGGCAGAGGACGAGGUAGGCCUCGACGUGGUAGAGGCUCAGGAGGGUCCUUUAGAGGUGGAAGGAUGACUGAGGCUUCUCGCAGAGGUUCACUUGGCAUAAAUGCUCGGCCAUCAGCUUACACCAUUGCCAAGUCCUUCCGCAGAACCAAGAAUUUGCCAUGGCAGAAUGGAAUGUUUGAAGAUAGCCUUAGAGCUGCUGGGUUGUCUGGAUUAGCAAACGGUACAAAAAUAUAUGUCUCCAACUUGGACAUUGGAGUGACAAAUGAAGAUAUAAGGGAACUAUUUUCAGAGCUCGGAGAGUUGGUAAGAUAUGCAAUCCACUAUGACAAGAAUGGACGCCCAAGUGGUUCAGCUGAAGUGGUUUUUGCUAGGAGAAGCGAUGCAUUCCAAGCUCUUAAGAGAUAUAACAAUGUCCAACUGGAUGGGAAACCCAUGAAGAUCGAAAUAGUUGGUACUAAUGCAGAAUUCCCUGUGUCUGCUCGCGUGAAUGUAGUGGGAGGAGCAAAUGGAAAAAAGAGGACAGUUGUUAUGACGCCUGGACCAGGUCGUUCUAGAGGUGGCUCGAGUUCUGCUAAUCGUUAUCCUGGUCAAAAUAUCCGUGGUGGUUUGAGGAAUGGACGUGGAGGCGGACGUGGACGUGGAGGUGGAGGUGGACGUGGCAGAGGUGGUGCUCGCUGGAGAAAGAGAACUGCCGAAAAAUCGGUUGGUGAACUUGACAAGGAGCUUGAGAACUAUCAUGCUGAAUCAAUGCAAACAUGA